AUGACAUUUUCUCCUAUUGCCGACUCUAAUCUUUUGUCUGAAAUUCUUGAUGCAUCAUUUUUCCCAGGUUCCUCGAAGAAGCUCACCGAGUAUCUCUUCUCUCGGCAUAACGUCAAUGCGCCACCAGACGGCUUGUUGGAUGUGCACUACGAAAUGGAACUGGUCCACAUUCUAGGCAUAGACGAGCUGAAGCAGACGAUGACCGUGCUCGUUUAUGUGGACGAGAAAUGGACGGAUCCGUCGUUGUCGUGGGAUCCUGCGCUGUUUGGCGGAAUCACAAAAACAUGGCUACCGAUUUCGACCAUUUGGGUGCCUGACAUCAUCAUCUUCAAUAUGUGA